GUUCCAAACCGCGACGCUACUGCAUGCGUGCAGCCUAUACUUAGUGGACCGCCACUUCUCCGGCCAUCCAGCUUCUCUGCCCAGCUGCGUUCCCACGUUGUUACAUGGCAUCUGCGAUCAUGUGUUUUGGAAGGAAACCUGUAGACCCCAAGUCCCGGAAGAAUGAGGACAUCGAAAAGAACCUGCGCCUGGACAGGAAGAAGGCGGAGCGCGAGGUGAAGCUCUUGCUGCUCGGUGCUGGUGAGAGUGGAAAGUCGACGGUGCUGAAGCAGAUGCGCAUCAUCAACGCCGGCGGAUUUGGAAAGCACGAGCGCCAGACAUGGCGAGCGACCAUCUUCAACAACCUGGUGUCGGCCUUCCAGACCAUCUACGCAGCGAUGCAGGAGGACGACACCGACUUCGAGGACGAGGAGUGCAUUCGUUACUCUGAAAUGGUCAACACAGCACCAGAUAUCGGCACCGAGGAGCCCAUGCCCGAGGACUACCUCCACGCCUUCAACGCCCUCUGGGCCGACAAGGGUGUGCAACUGACCAUCCUGAAGGGCAACCAGUAUGCGCUGCACGACAACCUGAGCUACUUUUUCCAGGAUAUCGACCGACUGUUCAUGAAAGAUUUCCUCCCCACCGACCAGGACAUUCUGCGCACGCGACUGCGAACAACUGGUAUCUCCGAGACUAUUUUCGAGCUGGGCAAUCUCACCUACAAGAUGGUCGAUGUUGGAGGUCAACGAUCAGAGCGUAAGAAGUGGAUCCAUGUCUUUGACAAUGUACAAGUUGUACUCUUCUUGGUAGCCAUCAGCGGUUACGAUCACGUUUUGGUGGAAGACAGGAAUGGGAAUCAAAUGCACGAGGCGUUGAUGCUCUUCGAGUCGAUAUCAAACUCCAAGUACUUUGAGAAGUCGGCUCUCAUCCUCUUCCUCAACAAGAUUGAUUUGUUCCGCGAGAAGAUUGCGGGUGGCAUGAGCCCCAUCAACAAGGUCUUCCCAGAUUAUACCGGAGGACCCAAUGACAUCGACGCUGGACAGGAGUUCUUCGCUAACAAGUUCCGCAACCUCGUACGACAACCGAAGAAGGAGGUCUACGUCCACUACACCAACGCGACCGACACGGAUUUGCUGAAGAAGACGAUGGCCUCUGUUCAGGACAUGAUCGUCCAGCGCAACCUGAAUGCUUUAAUACUCUGAUUCGGCGAAGCAAAACUCCCUUUCCCGACAGGCCCGGUUGUGGCGGACCAGCUUCAGCUGCAGCUUUACCUAGGCACGGCCGAGCCCCGCCAUACCA